AUGUCCCACUGUCGUAUGAUAAAUAAGCCUGGUAACGAGUGCGACAUCCUUCUGUUCUUCUUGGCCGUGUCUUCUUCUAUCGCCAUUUCUGGUGACGACCAGCGACGACCGCCGCAUAAUAUGCAGUUUAUUAGGAACUUGACGCAAGGUUUUCCGACCAUUACUGGCAUACGAUGGUUCAACCUUUCUGUCCUUGUUAUCACACCGGCCCUUUCCCUGUACGGCUUGCUGUAUGUUCCCAUCCUUCAGAAGACUGUCGUUUGCAGUAUUCUCUAUUACAUUUAUUCCAUGCUCGGCAUUACUGCUGGGUACCACCGGCUUUGGUCGCACAGAUCGUAUAAUGCCUCGUUCCCUUUGCAGGUAUUCCUGAUCCUUGCGGGUGCGAGUGCAGUACAAGGCUCGUGUUAUUGGUGGGCACGCCGACAUCGUUCUCACCACAGACAUACCGACACGGACUUUGACCCUUACAACUCGGAGCGUGGACUUCUCUGGACGCACAUUGGAUGGAUCGUUUUCGAGUCAGAUUUGAAAACGGGGCCAGCUGAUAUUUCUGACUUGCGUAAGGAUGCUCUCGUACAAUGGCAGCACCGAUGGUACUUUGUCAUCCUGACUAUUUUCGGCUAUUUGCUUCCAAUGGUCAUUCCUGGCUUAGUGUGGGGAGACUGGAAAGGCGGAUUCUUUUUCGUUGGUGCCCUUCGCAUGACCGCAUGCCAUCAUAGCACUUUUUGCAUCAACUCUAUUGCUCACUAUCUCGGCAGCACCCCGUACGAUGACAAACACUCGCCGCGCGACCACCUUAUAUCCGCUGUCCUUACGAUGGGGGAAGGGUACCAUAAUUUCCACCACCAAUUUCCCAUGGACUACAGGAAUGCAUUCCGAUGGUACCAGUAUGACCCUACCAAGUGGUUCAUCGCUAUGUGUCAUCACCUUGGGCUCGCCUCUCAUCUCCGUGUUUUCCCUAGCAACGAAAUUGAAAAGGGUGCACUCACGAUGAAGCUCAAAGCUCUCAAGGACGUUCAGGACUCGAUUGAAUGGCCUGUGCCUCCGCAGGAAUUGCCCAUCGUGACGUGGGAGACAUUCCAGGAAGAAUCACAGACUCGGACUCUUCUCCUCAUCUCAGGUUUUAUUCAUGACGCAUCUUUUUUCCUCGAUAACCAUCCGGGAGGACCCGCUCUGCUCACACGAAACUCUGGGAAAGACAUGACUGCCUCCUUUUUCGGUGGCAUCUAUGCCCACUCUCACGCAGCGCAUAACCUCCUUGCAAUGAUGCGCGUGGGCAUCCUUGCGGGCGGUGUUGAAGUGCCAGCGGAGCAUGCCAUCCCACCUAGUCAGCAUCUUAUGAUCUGUCCUAAUGCCUCUCAUUGA